UUUACGAUUUUUAAAAUUCGACAACACUAAUAACCUUUCAUGCUACAGUAUUUUGACAGAAAUUUGGGAAAAUAAAUUAUCUCUUAUUUAAUUGAAAGUAUUUUUUAUAGUUUAUGUGGUUCCUAUUAAACUAAAUAGAUGGCUUCAUCUCGCAUUCAGGCAACAGUACGCCAGCUGUCCAAAACUUACAAGAAGAAAACGAGAUUUGAAAUCGGUAUAGCUACAGAAUUACCUACCGCUUAUAAGAAGUUUUGGCGAGAAUGGAAAGUACUGAAGCCAGCUGCGGUGCAUUUUAUUCCACAAGAGAGCAAGUGGAAGCGGGAUGAUAUUACUGGUGAAACGUUGCCCGUUCAGAACAUCCCGUUACCAUUAAAGUACCCAGCGGAGAUUCAUGAGGGAAUAUGGGGUGGCGAGGCUGUUAUUAAAGGUUUCCAAAAGCGGGAUCCGAACAGACGCAGAGUUCCCCACUACUGGGUGCCUGUCCUAAAGAGGACUGUAGUCAAAUCUGAAGUUCUGAACACACAUUUAUCAGUCACUGUCACCGAUAGAACCAUUAAAUUAAUCAAUGACCACUAUGGAUUUGACCAUUAUCUGCUUAAGACGCCCGCCUGUGAUCUGGUCUCCAUGCUAGCAUUGAAACUUAAGAAACAAAUACUUACCGAACUCAUGAACGGAUGCCCUAGACAUGCUAACAAUCCAGAGAAACAAAAAAGUGUUUAUGAGGAAUAUAAGACCUAUUUAUCUUCGUACACACCCGAGGAAAUAGAAUGGUAUGGUCUCACUUGGUACGAAGCGCUCAACAAAGUCGCUAAACUGAAGGAGGCCGCAAAUAAACCGGUGCCUUUGAAACAUAUGUACAGGAAAAAACUUAUAGAGAACCUGCAAGCUAAAGAGAGCCAGAAUGAUACCAGCACUUCGGAUAUAGCAUCCACGACCUCCUGGCUAGCCAAAAUGAACCCGUUCGGCAAGAAGGAUGAAGCAUAGUGUACAAGUCUUAUGGCAAAAUUGUUGUGUUAUAGAAAAUGUAUCGUUGAAAUGAUUAGAUAGUUCUAACUGACA